AGGCGGGGCUCCCCGAAAGGGCCGCGCCCCGGCGCCCGCGAGGGACGCCCGCGCGGGGCCAUAGCGCGCGCGGGCCUCCGCGCGGCAUGGCCCCCGAGCCGGGCGAGGCCCCGCCGGGCUGGCGGCCCGCGUCGCCCGCGGCUCCGAUGGCCACGAUGCCGCCGAUGCUCGGCAGCAGCGACUUCAUCCCGCCGGCCUUGACCAUGUCAGCGGCAGCGGCCGCCGCCGCCGCGGCCAUCAAGACGGGCGUCCGGCGCGCGGACGCCGAGUUCGAGAGGGGCCCCCCCGGGGAGACCGAGCAGGGGUUCCUGCUGCGGCCCCGGCGCACGGGCGGGCACUGCACGCCCCUGCCGGGGCAGGAGUUCAAGGCCAUGUCCACGGCGGCGUCGCCCAACGUCACCGGGCGCUUGCCGCCGCGGGACGUCGCCGCGAGCAUGCCGGGCACCCCGCUGGACGCCAGCUGGCAGCGGAUGCCCGUCGGGGGCCUCCACGGCUUGGGGCCUCUCGGCGAAGGCCUCCGCCGCCCCGAGCGGUCGCCCAGCCCGCCGGCUAGCGCGCGCGGCGCCCCGGGCGGCACGCCGCGGACGCCGAGCGCCGCCUCGGGGGCCGCCGGCACGGGCGGCACCAUCGGCCGCUCGCUGGACGACCUCUCGCAGGCGCCGGCCGAGGCGCGGGAGUCGGCCUGGAGGCGGCGCGAGGAGGAGCUGAAGGCGCAGAUCCAGCACCUGGAGAGGGAGAAGAAGGAGGUGGAGCGGAGGCUGGACGACGACGGGCGGCAGUUCCUGGAGGCGCUCAUCAGCCUCGAGAACGAGGUGACUCGCCUGACCAAGCAGAGCAAGCGCUUGGAGAGA